AUGGCCGCGAAUUCAGGCCUUCAUUCUGGAGAGAAUGACGACGACCCGGCCUUGAAUGACUCUUACCUCGACGACGAUCCUAACCAUGAUGGCUCUCUUGCAGAUGGGAAACACAACCAGUCAAUACCCUUGCAAAAGAGGCGGCGAGUAGGCCGCGCCUGUGACGAGUGCCGCAGGAAAAAGAUCAAAUGCGACGGGAAACAGCCGUGUACGCACUGUACAGUUUAUAGCUAUGAAUGCACGUAUGACCAGCCCUCUAAUCGCCGCCGUAAUCCCGCCCCGCAGCACCUGGAGGCCCUGGAGGCCCGACUGCAUAAGGCAGAAGCCAUCUUACGAGUCCGCCUGGCGUCUGCGCAACAGGGGCAAGCAAAACAGGCGCUUAGUGAACCAACUGCCGGAGCUCCAGCUGCAAAGUCCUCGGAUUCGGCUUCGGGACAGGGAGAUGCAGCGCAAGAAGGAGGUGAAGAGGGGCUGUUGGAGACGAUGGUGGAUCAAUCGGGCUGGCUAGACCGCGACGACCAAGGGCAUUGGGAUUAUCAUGGGCAUUCGUCAGGCAUCAUCUUUGCGCGGCGCCUCCGCAGACGGUUGGGGGACCAGAGCGAAUUCCCCCACUACCCGUCUCGCUCCAUGCUCGAAAGCCCUAAAUCAAUGUCCGAGUCCCCACAGGACGGAUCGUCCCUCCCCCCGACACAUGAUCUGCCUCCUGUCACGGUGGCCCGCAGGCUGUGUCACAAUGCGCUAGACGAUGCCUGCACCUUGAUGCGCUUCGUGCAUGAGCCAUCGUUCUACGCUUCUCUUGAGCGCAUAUACGACCGGCCGCAUGAUCAAUAUACCAACGAAGAGAACUCAUUCUUGCCUCUUCUCUACAUAGUGAUGGCUGUCGGCUGCUUAUUCUCCGACGAUGGAAUUGGUACUCUGGAUGUAGAUGGUUAUGAAGGCGCGAUCGGCCAAGGGUUCCAAUUUUUCAAGGCUGGACGACAACUCUUGGAGAUCACCGACUGUCGAGAUCUCACCUCUCUGCAAGCUAUCUGUUUCAUGGUGCUUUUCCUCCAGUCCUCUGCGAAGCUAAGCACUUGCUAUUCGUAUGUGGGAAUUGCGCUUCGCUCUGCCCUGCGGCUAGGCCUUCAUCGAACCGUCAACACAGACUUCAACCCGAUCGAGAAACAAUUGCGCAGUCGAAUCUUUUGGGUGAUCCGCAAAAUGGAUGUUUACGUGAGCACACUUCUGGGUUUCCCUGUGAUGCUGAGCGACGACGACAUCGACCAAGAAUAUCCCCUCCCAGUUGAUGGCGAAUACAUCACUGCAAAUGGCAUCAUUCCGAUGCCAGAGUAUUACACUCCACUGAUGGCCGCACCCAAUGCUCACACUCAUCUGGGAAAGAUCAUCAUGAAGGUUCGGUACAUGGUCAGCCACUCGAAGAUCCGCGAGAUUGAGCGUGAUCUCCAGAAGUGGAUGGAAGACCUGCCUCCAGCGUUGCGUCCCGGGACCGAAGUCUCACCACAGCUAGAAAGAGCGCGGCAAUUAUUGCGUAUAAGUUAUGCUCACGUACAAAUGAUGAUGUACCGUCCGUUCUUGCACUAUGUAUCCGGCGGAUCGCAAGCCAGCGGUAUGGAUAAACGCUCUUAUGCCUGUGCCGCGGCCUGUGUUAGUGUCUCGAGAAAUAUCGUCCAUAUCACGGCUGGCAUGCACAAACGAGGACUCCUCAACGGAUCUUUCUGGUUUGUCAUGUACACAACUUAUUUUGCCAUCCUAUCCUUGAUCUUCUUCGUGGUGGAGAAUCCGGAUUCUCCUACUGCCAAAGAUGGCGUGCUGAAAGACGCCAUGGAGGGCAAGGCGACCCUGGCCGGGCUUGCCAAAAGGAGUAUGGCCGCAGACCGCUGUUCGCAAAGCUUGAAUUGUUUGUUCAAAUCCCUGCCAGAGAUUUUGAAAACACGACAGAGCUCAAAAGCGCCGGUCAACCUGAAGCGUCCGGCUCCUUCGGCUGCUGCCGAACCAGAUCUGAAAAUUGAACAAGGCGUGCCUCGCGCAAAGACAUUCCCUACCAAGAGAAUGCAGCAGACCUACCCGGGAUCGUCGAACCGCCGACAAAAGAGUAUGGAUACUACGCCGCCUGUCAACAACCGACCUGUCGACAACGGAACGCCAUCGGCCUGGGUGAGCACCACUCCGGAGUUACAGACAGAGGGAAUGGCUACCCCCGAGACAAUCACUUCCAAUUCUAUGCAUCCAUCGAUUGGUCCACAAGAAACGUCAAGUCUAGCUUGGUCCCAGCAGUUUAAUAACCCAAACAACCUUCCGGACCUCAUGCAAUUCAUGUUUCCAUCUGACGACCCAUUUGCCUAUCCUACCCAGCCCAUGUCCAAAUUGGAAGAUGACCAUUUCCGUUACGACAAUCAUCCCUCCCGCUUCCAAGUUGACAGCUCACAACAAGGAAUGGAUUCCAAUUCGUCCAGUGAUCCCUCUGUGCACAACACCACAACUCCUGGGUUAGAUUCUUUCCCGACCUUUGGAAACUUCGGGUCCUCGUCUGGAGUCAAGUCCUCCGUCCCAAGCCGGCUUCACACGUCACAGCCGAUGGGAUCACCUCUCCUCGGCUCUCCCAUUUCACACAGUCAGACCACCCCCAGCGAAGGGAUCAGCAGCCCCGACCUUGUCUCAAUUCCGAACCAGAACUUCGUCUGGCAAGGCUACAACUUCCAGCCGAUGAAUGUGCCCUCAGAUCAGGUCCCACGGCCACCGGAAAAUCCCUCAUUAUCGAACGCCCCUUUAGAUCUUAAUAUGAGCAUGGAUGAGAAUACCUUCGGCGCUAAUGCAGAUCUUGGCAUCUUAUUCGAUGACCUCUUCGGUAAUGAACCGGACUAUCGGCCUGGGAACGGGGCACCGAAUGAAGACUGGACCCAGUGGAUGAACCCGGCAGUGCCAAAUCUAUGA